GAACAAGUCCAGGUACAUGCCACCCCGAUGAUGAAAGGUCUUUUGGGAUUGCUUACCUAUUGUCCACAGGAAGUUGCCCAUCUCCGCAAAGAUCUGCUGAUUGCUGCACGACACAUUCUCGCCACGGACUUAAGAAAUAAGUUUGUCCACUGUAUAGACAAGUUGUUUGAUGAGAACGUGUUGAUUGGUUCUGGUUGGACGACGUACGAGUCUCUCCGCCCCCUUGCCUAUAGCACUCUGGCUGAUCUUGUUCACCAUGUCAGGCAGGCUUUGCCUUUGAACGAGCUGUCACUAGCAGUGAACCUGUUCAGUAAGAAUGUUCACGAUGAGUCCCUGCCAAGCUCCAUCCAGACAAUGUCCUGUAAACUCCUGUUGAAUCUUGUCGAGUGUAUUCGUGCCAAGAGUGAACAGGAAAAUGGAAAUGGGAGAGAACUCCUGAUGAGGAUGCUAGAAGUCUUUGUUCUCAAAUUUAAAACAAUCGCCAAGAUACAGCUUCCACAGAUUCUACAGAAAUGCAAACAACAGCCCCAGACCUCAAACAACAACCAUCAGCAACCUAUCGACCCCAAAACACCAGCAGCUGAUGUCAAACCAACACUGGAGCUCCCAAAAGUUGCUGCCGAGGGGUUAAAGGCAGGACUCGAUAUUUCUAAACCUCCCGGCGACUCGGUGAAGGACGACAACAAACUACCGUCUCAGGGUCUGCUGUCCGACACUGUUAAGGACAAGGAGGACAAACCAUGGACAGAGAAGGGACCAGGGGAGAAUCGGUUUGGCGUGACACCGAGUCAGUAUACAACAUAUUCAGUGACUGACUGUCGCGGUUUGGUGAAGACGCUAGUCUGUGGGGUGAAGACCAUCACGUGGGGGAUCGUAUCCUGUAAAGCGGCCGGAGUUGAUGCAACAGUGAUGCAGAGUAAACAGUUCCUACCAAAGGAAGCCCUCGUCUACAUCCGCCUGGUGAAGUAUGCUCUUCAAGCUCUCGACAUCUACACCAUCAAUGUAUCGCCCUCAGGACAGGCCGUCAUCAGGCCUGCUGUGGUACAGAGUGUAAGAACUAAGGAAGAGAAAGAGGUUCUCGAACACUUCGCUGGAGUGUUUACCAUGAUGCAUACUCUGACAUUCAAGGAGAUAUUCGCUCAGACAGUCGAGUAUAUGGUGGAUAGAAUUCACAACAACUACGCACUCCAGAUCGUAGCCAACUCCUUUCUGGCAAAUCCAACAACCUCAGCGACUUUUGCCACAAUACUAGUUGACUACCUGUUGGCUCGUCUGGAGGAGAUGGGAUCUACAAUGGACCGGUCAAAUCUGUACCUGAAACUCUUCAAACUGGUGUUUGGUUCCGUGUCCCUGUUUGCUGCGGAGAAUGAGAAGAUGCUGAAGCCCCACCUACAUACCAUCGUGAACCGAUCCAUGGAGUUAGCAAUGAGUGCCAAGGAGCCAUACAACUAUUUCCUGUUGUUACGGGCGUUGUUCCGCUCUAUUGGAGGCGGUAGUCAUGACCUUCUCUACCAAGAAUUCCUGCCGUUGCUGCCAAACUUACUGCAAGGUCUGAACAGUCUACAGAGUGGACUACACCGCCAGCACAUGAAAGAUCUGUUUGUUGAGCUCUGUCUCACGGUGCCUGUCCGGCUCAGCUCCCUCCUACCUUACCUACCCAUGCUGAUGGAUCCCCUGGUGUCCGCACUUAACGGGUCCCAGACCCUAGUCAGUCAGGGUUUGCGGACACUAGAGUUGUGUGUGGAUAACCUCCAGCCGGACUUCCUGUACGACCACAUACAGCCUGUCAGGGCAGAGCUAAUGCAGGCUCUGUGGAGGACCCUACGUAGUCCUGUCGACAACAUCGCCCAUGUGGCAUUCCGGGUGCUGGGAAAGUUUGGAGGAGGUAAUAGGAAGAUGUUACGGGAGCCACAGAGGCUACAGUACAAUGACCGGGAGACAGUUGGACCCUGUAUCACCAUCUACUUUCAGGAUGUAAAAACUCCCAUCACUCUCCCUGUGGAAAAGGCGAUUGACGCUGCUCUCACCACACUCAAAUGCAGUACCUCUGACAACUUCGCACGCCGCCAGGCCUGGGAACUCAUCAAGUGUUUCUUGGUGUCUGUGAUGAAUCUAGAGGACGACAAACAAACACUGACUAACCUCUUCACCCACCCCAGUUUCACUGAGAAGGAAAUUCCCCUACAGACAGGACCUCUAUACAAAAACCCGGACUCCCACUCACGACGAGUCCACGAACAGGCACUGACUGGCAUGUUCGUUGCUGCAGCCAUCAAAGAGCUACGCCAGACGGUUCUGACCUUUAUGGCGUGUAUGGUACGACACUACACAAUGAUCUCAAUAUCACAGCAGUGUGGUCCCUUCCCAGUGGGAGAGAAACAGAGCAAGCUACACGGGAUGGACACACAGAUCCUGAUCGACGCGCUGGCGGUCAUCAUGGGACACGAGGAGAAGGAGUUAUGUAAGCCUGGUAACCUGGCCCUCAUCCUCAUUCUGGACACGGCUACCACCAUACUGGGCAGUAAAGAGAAGGCAUGUCAACUGCCCAUGUUUGACUAUCUAGUGGAGAGGAUGUGCUCCUUGUGUUAUGACCGUGCCUGGUAUGCCAAAUGUGGAGGAUGUCUAGCUAUCAAGUUUAUGUACGAGAGGAUGUCGCUGAAGUGGGUGCUGGAACACCAGUUUACUUUCCUGAAGGCCCUUCUGUUUGUCAUGAUGGAUCUCACCAAGGAGGUGUCGAGUGGGGCGGUAGAUCUGGCUAAAUACAACCUGGAGAAUAUGUUAACCAAGUGUGCCCAGGAGAUAAAAUCAGAGGAGGCGAAUGAGGAACUGCUGGCGGUGCAGAAAAAAUCAUUCAACGAUGUCACGCAUGAACUGGUGCGGCAGAUCACAUCGCCCAAUACCACAGUCAGGGAGCAGGCAAUGCAUUCCCUUGAGGUCCUUGCAAAAACCACCAAUAAGUCUGUGACAGAGAUUAUGGAACCCCAAAAACAGGUGUUACAGGACAUGAUACCGCCCAAAAAACACCUGUUACGUCACCAGCCUGCUAAUGCCCAGAUAGGUCUGAUGGAUGGUAACACUUUCUGUACGACUCUGGAACCACGCCUCUUCACCAUCGACCUCAACGUCUUGGAACACAGUGUGUUCUUUAACGAGCUGCUGAGUCUGUGUGAAGCUGAAGAUGCAGCUCUACAGAAACUUCCCUGUUACAAGUCGGUCACUGAUCUGGUUCCCCUCCGCAAGAGUGCUCUGCGUGCCCUGGCGGCUUGUCACUACAUACAGAACCAGAGGGAGAAGUUGUUCUCUGUGCUGGACAAAGCUCUCAAUAGUAACAGCUCUGAACUCCAGAGGGUAGCUUUUGACUGCAUGAAGAAGUUUAUCUCGGGCUGCCAGAUAGAAAUUGAGAUUGUUUACAAGAAGAUGCGGCCAUUGCUGUCGACACUGAGUGAUCACAGCAGCCUGAACAGUAACGUGAUUCAACGUUUGUCCUACAUCACACAACUCUUUCCCAACAUCUUUAAUGAGAAAUUCUGUGAACAGCUCCUUAAACACCUCAAGAAAUGGCUAGAUGUGGCGGCCACAAGUCAGAAACCGUCACCAACACAGACUAAAUCUAACGGCCAGGUAAUCCCUCAGGAGUUGAAGACCUGUGCUGCCAUUAUUGACAUCUUCCACAUGAUACCCGCGGCCAGCAGCAAACUCAUCGAACCCCUCAUACAGAUAACUUUACUAGGGGAGAAAACUCUCUUUCUCGAGGUAAGGAAAUUCCGUAAGAGGAGGAAAUUCUUGUUAGGGGAGGAAACUCUUUCUCGAGGUAAGGAACUUCAGAAAGAGGAGAAAACUCUCUUUCUCGAG